AUGGAGUGGGUUCUCUGGUUAAUCUUUUUCAUUAUGAAUCUGCUCCUCAUGGCGGCAAAUAUCUACCAGCUUAUAUGUUUGGCAGAUUUGGAGGCUGACUAUUUGAACCCAUAUGAACUAGCAUCUCGCAUGAAUGCUGUAAUUGUUCCUGAGUUUCUACUGCAUGGGGCAUUCUGCAUUCUAUUUCUAGUGACAGGGCAUUGGUUCAUGUUCCUGCUGACACUGCUUCCUGCUUAUUAUAAUGCGAAGAAAUACCUAGCACGUCAGCAUCUUAUUGAUGUCACUGAAGUUUUUAGAGUUCUUAAUGCUGAGAAGAAAGCUCGGAUUUUCAAGCUGGGAUUUUAUAUAGUCUUCUUCGUCUUAGUCAUCACCAGGCUUGCUUUUUCCGUUAUAAAUGCUGUAUUUGAUGAGGAUGAUGAUCUUGCUAUAACUAAAGUUCCCUGGUAUCUUAUGCUGUGGUUUGCUCUUGAGGCUAUGCCAAGAUGA